GGAUGAUUAGAACAUUCUGGCUUCUUCAAGAAAACACAGACUCCCUAGUAUUCGGUUGGAGUCGAUUUGGUAAAACAGGCAUUUCAAGACUGACUUUGGAACGAGAAAAAGACUGGGCCUUCGAUGAUACUUUGGAUCUUCCCUUGGUUUAUACAUCAGAAUUCAAUGUAAUUGGGCGAUCAUGCGUAGAUGAAAUAUAUAAUAUACUUGCAAAGUCCUCAGGCUUCUUUGGUUACUAUGAGGAGGCAAGGAGGAGUCUAAAAUACAAACGAG